AUCUUUUGUAUGGUUGAAUUCUCUGCGUGCAGGAUUGAUCAUGGCGCAGACAAUAAUCGGAAAAAUUGCUUCGGUUUCGCUACAGAACUUUAUCACAUACGACACGGUGGUGUUUUACCCGGAGGAGUAUCUCAACGUGAUCCUGGGACCGAAUGGAACCGGCAAAUCGGCGAUCGUGGCCGGUAUCGUGCUGGGGAUGGGUGGCCACUGUAAGCUGCUUUCGCGGUGUGAUAAUCUCGAAAGUUACAUCAAAUUCGGAAAGGACAGUGCCACUAUCCGGAUCUCGCUGUACGAGAACAAGAAGAGAAAACUUCGGUGGUUCUGCCGGAUGUUUGACAACAACAAGAAGGACGUUUUUGAAAUCGACUCCGUGAAGGUUUCGCACCGGGCGUUCCUCGAGCAGGUGCGAUCGUUUAACAUUCAGGUGGACAAUCUGUGUCAGUUUCUGCCCCAGGACCGGGUACAGGAUUUUACGAAGAUGAACCCCCGCGAGCUGCUGCUCAGCACGCAAUCGUCCGUCUGCACGCCCGAGAUGAACGAAUGGUUCACGGAGCUGAAGGUGAAGCAAAGCGAUAAACAGAGAUCGUCCAACCAGCGGAAAACGGAUGCAAACCGGAUACGUGAGCUCGAGGCACGGAUUACCGAUCUUGAGCAGCAGCUGGAGAGCGAUCGGACACGGCAAGAGUUCGAAAAGCAGAUCAAAGUGUGUGAGGCUCGAAAGGCGUGGCUGGAGUACGAGGAACAGUUUCACCUAUACACGACCACCGUCCAGGACCAGAAGCUAGCGACCAGAUCGUUCAAGGAGAAGGAGAAAGAGUACAAGGCGUGCAAAGCGGAAGUGGCCGAUGUACUAGCGAAAAAGACUGACCUUCAAAAGGCCCAAACGGACCAGGUUUCGGAGGCGAAACGUUCGACGAAUGAGAUUAACAAGUUGGAGGAGAAAACAGAAAGUCUGGAGGAUGCGCUGCGCCAACAAACGCGGGAAAUGCAGGACACCCUGGCCAAAGCGGUCGAGCGCCAGUCGGAACUCGAUGAGGCGAAGUUGCUUCUCAGUGCGGUCGUACAAGACUGUGCCGAUGCGGCCAAAGCGCUCGGGUCCGAGGAGGAAGUGCGAGAACAGGUCGCUAAGCUCUGCGCGACGGAAGCCAAGGUUCGCAACGAGAGCGACCUGCUGAUGGGACGGCGAAAUGAGCUCAACCAAAAGAUAGACACCGAUCUAAAGCCGGAAAUGAUGAGCAUCCAGCGCAGCAUAGAGUCGAUCGAGAAUGUGGCCAACAAUCGAUUGAAGGUUCUGCAGGCACGGUUCGCUGGCACCUACCGCGCGGUGAUGUGGUUGCGCGAGAAUGGGCACCUUUUCCAGGGUAAAAUCUACGAGCCAAUGAUCCUCGAGCUGAACGUGCCCGUUCCCGAGCACGUCCAGUUUCUCGAGAACACAAUCGGUGUGCGGGAUUUGAUCGCCUUCACGUGCGAAAAGACGGAGGACAUGAAUCAGUUUCUUCGGCUGGUUCGCGAGGAGAUGCGCAUCGAGGGCGUGAAUGCGAUACACAGUGGGCCUGCCGACAGACUCAAUUACAAGGCCAAAAAUCCGAUCGCAAGCCUAAAGCGCUUCGGCUUUCAUUCGUAUCUGAUCGACAUGAUCGAAGGACCGUUUCCAGUGCUGAACGGUCUGUGCAAACUGUACGGCCUGCACAACAUUCCGGUCGGGAGUCAGGAGUCGGCCAAGUACGUGACGUCGCUGCCGGAAGAGAUUGCCGUCUUCUUUACGCCGACGAACCGCUUUCAGGUGUCCAAAUCACGGUACACCGGCGAAAAGUCCACCCGGAGCGAUGUGCUGCGGACACACAAUCUGCUCAAUCAAGCGACUAACCAGAAGCUUCUGGACGAACGGCGCCAGCAGCAUCAGCAAUUGGUGCGCGAGUGUGAUCGGAUCCGCAAUCUGCGCGGUGAAAUCGAGAACCAGAUCAAACAGUUGCAGGAACGCUGCACCGAGCUGUCGAGCGAGAAGCGCGUCCGCCAAGAAACGUUGGGCAAGUAUCAGCAAACAAAGCUGAAGGUGAGCCGCCAGCAGGCAAAGUGCAAAGAUCUCAGCAAACGGCUGAUCAACGAGGACGAAGUGAGGGACAAGUAUCAGCAAUCCUGCCGCACGAUUAUGGUGCAGAUCGUGCAAUAUCAGCGGGCGAAGGUGGCCGCUCUGUUCCAGCACGCCGGGGCGAUCGCACAGCAGGAGGUACUCGGGGAACGGUUGCGCAUCUUUGAGGAGUCCCACGCUGCAUCGGAAGGCAAGUUCCGCUCGGUGGAGGAGGCUUUUCAGACGGCCAAACGGACGCUCGCGAAUGUGCAGCGAAAGCUGGAGGACACAAAGGAGAAGGCGAGCAAGAAAAAUGUGCGCGCAAGAUCCCUAACCGCCGGGAAGGCACCCGAUAAAGCGGACUUUCCGUACCGCGAACAGUUUGCGGCGUUACCGGAUGAGCUUGCGGCACUGGCGACGCACCUGGAUGAGCUAAACGUGCGGUUCGAUUGUAUACCGUCGGUCAGCAAAGACACUGCCGAUGAGUACGCCCACAAGAAGCGCCAGCUUGACCAGUUGCGAACAGGAGUGUCCCGUUCGGAGAAGGACGCGGCCACGCUAGAGCGUGAAAUGUCUUCACUGCACAACCGUUGGUACCCCGAGAUAUGUCGAGUGGUGCAGCAGAUCAACGUGCAGUUCUCGCACUUUAUGAGCCGGAUGGGUUUCGCCGGCGAAGUCCAGCUGAGUCGAGACGAUGAGUACAACUACGAUGAGUACGGUAUUCGGAUCUUUGUAAAGUAUCGGAACAAGGAGAAGCUCUGCGCGCUCGACCGGAAGCUGCAGUCGGGCGGAGAGCGUGCCGUCGCGAUCGCCAUCUACACGCUGGCGUUGCAGAACAUGACCCAGGUACCGUUCCGGUGCGUGGACGAAAUCAACCAGGGCAUGGAUCCGACCAACGAGCGGAAGGUGUUCGACAUGCUGGUGGAGGAAACGUGUCGCGAAGGUCAAUCGCAAUACUUUUUCGUUACGCCGAAGCUGCUGCCGCGACUGACCUACAACGAUAAGACGAACGUGAUCCUCGUGCACAACGGCCAGUACAUCGAGAGCCCGGACGUGUUUCUGAACGCGCAAAAGUAG